AUGUGAUUUCUGCCUCGUCGCUCCACACUCGUCUCCCUCCACAGAAAGGCUAAUGGCGACCGCCAUGCGGAGCACCCGCCUCCUACGGCUCGGCUUCCGUCACGUCCCUUCUCUUCUCUUCCGAGGGCCCCUGUCCCCCUCCCCGAGCCCGGGCCUGGGCCUGGGCCUGAGCGUUGGCAGGGUCGGGUUGGUCCAUCUCCGAUGCUCGGCGGCCGAGGCCGGCGACGGCAGGGGUAAGAAGGUGUCAGCGCGACUAGCACUGGCACAGCAGGUGAUGCGCGACGCCGAGGAGCGCGCGGCCUCGGCCGGCUCUGAUCCCGUCCCCAAAAUCACCAUGGAUCAUGUUACUGUUAGCUUUGCAAGAAGUGGGGGCGCGGGUGGUCAAAAUGUUAAUAAAGUUAAUACAAAGGUUGACAUGCAGUUCAAUGUUGAGAAAGCUCAUUGGCUCGGAGAGAGGAUUAAGGAACGGAUAUUGCAAACGGAAAAGAACAGGAUAAAUAAGGAUGGUGAACUUGUGAUGUCUUCUACCAAAACUAGGACACAGAAGGGCAAUAUUGAAGAUGCUUUGCAGAAAAUACAGGCGAUCAUUGAUGCUGCAUCAUAUGUUCCCCCACCGCCUUCAGAAGAGCAAAAGAAGAAAAUUGAAAAAAUUGCUGCAGCCGCUGAGAGGAACAGAAUGCAAAACAAGAAGGUACUCUCACAGAAGAAAGAAUUGAGGAGGAACAAACCCAGCUGGGACUGAUUGCAGGAUAACAAAAGCGCCUUCUCUGUCACCUGUUGUACUGAUGUGAUCAAGCCUUCUUCAUGAUUCAGAGGCACUGAUUACUGGCAUUUUCUCAGCGUGUUUCUUGGACGUACCUUCAGCGGAGUCUUGCGCCAGUAGCAUGGUGAAGGCAUCUUGGUGAAGAUACUAGGUCGUUGUUACAGCCAGUUCUUGUUUUCAUAGUAAAUUUUAAAAAAGAACAAGGGCCAAAAAGUGUGAUGGCAUCUUGGUGGGGAUAGCUUCACAGCCAGUUUUUGUUUCAUCCAUUGGAAACCAGCGCCUGACGAGAAACAUUGCUUCUGUCCCAACACGCACUGUACACAUCGUUGGUCCUGAACCCUGAACAUAUCAGAUGCAUCACAUGUUCACUGGACUAGAAAUCUAGUAAUAUGUGGUAAGACUGUAAGCACGCGUUUGGUUA